UGCUGAUAAUAGAGACCCUGGUCGUGUCGCCUCUAAAAUGGAUUUAAAUAUCAAGAAAACGAGUUCACGGGCUCUGCUGUCAUGCGGGAACGGAGAAGAACCUCACAUUGGAUAAGGGAAAACUCCCAAACAACUCUUCACGGGGGAAAAAGGGAAGAAACCUUCAGGAGAGCAACAGAGGAGGAUCCCUCUCCAAGAUGGACAGGUCUCAGUGAGAAGCUUCUCCUCAAGCCAAAGGCGGCCACAGCCCUGCAGACCGAGAGAGUCCCGAGAAGCAGCGUGUUGGAGCGGCUGCAGAGCUUCCUGCCUCAGAUGGCCGAGGCCAACGAGAAGCUGAAGCAGCAGAUGGCCGACGCCCCCGCCGGGCACUUUGACAUUGAGAGCGUCGAGGGGGAAGAGCGGGUGAUAGAGAUGGACCUGGCGCUGGUGGAGCUCAGCGGGUCUGAGGCCGAAGAGGAGACUUCGGACUCCGAGGAAGAAUCGGACUCCGGCGAGGUCACGGAGCAGAACCUCAUAUUACCCGGAGACAAGGGCAAAAAGAAAGCCAACAUCCAGGUUCUCCAUCAGCAGGCCGAGUAGAAAGGGCGGCCGGCUGCUCGGACUUCUGCGUGACGCAGACUAAACUGACCCAAACAUCCGCCUCGGGCGAGGAGGGAGUUACUUCACGGACACAGAGGAGACUCGGGUCUUCCCCCGUAGGAACAAACUGUACAUAUCAUUUUGUAAGUUUAAAGAAGUGCCUUUGAAGCCAGAACCGAUCGCCUCUCAUUGAACUUGACGUGUUCAGAUCACUGUGGUUCGCCUCCUUUGUUGGCGUCUGCUUUGCUUGAGGACCAGUUGGUGCUCUUCUGGAAGAGGACGGGCGAUCAUAAAAGGGGCGUGAUCAUAAAAUGCCUCCUCUCUGCACCUCCCCGUCACGUUCACAUGGAAAGAUUCCUCUAACAUAAGAAUUCAAAACCAUGUGGUGUGGUUGGGCAGAACACUUUUAUCCAUUAUGUUGUAAACUGUUUUGGGUUUGUACACAGGAUGGCUCCUCACAAAACAAGAAUAACAGCAGUGAUUUUUGCUAUUUGUGCCUCUUUAAAAUGUAUUUAAAAUAUUUUGUUUAAAAAAAAAAAAAGUGUCA